AUGCGAUUCUUUACCUCGUUUCUUGUUGCCGUCAGCUUCUUUGUCGGCACCCUGUCUGCUCCAGUCGCCAAUGAUGGCAGUGGUUUCCAGGAUCUUCUCAGUACGAGGAAUAACGUCAAUGAACCUCUAACUGCCCCUGGUGGAAAUGCACAGGCGCGCCACGGAGCGCCGGUGGCCGAAAGCCCACACGGGGGUGACAAGAUCGGCCUGGCAAAACGACUUCAUGACAUAGAUUUCUUUUAG